CGAGAGCAAAUUAUAUAAUGGACAAUUUCUUCACUGCCAUAUCAUUAUUCCGUCGACGGAAAUAUGAUGAGUGCAUCGAGGUGUGCAACGGUCUGCUGCAACAUAAUGCCCUUCAUCAAGGUCCUUGGGAGCUGAAAAUGCGCUCUAUGACCCAGCGUGUGUACAUCGACGAUAUCGAGGCGGACGAUGAUGUGGCGGAGGAUAUUUUGGACACGCAGACAAUCGCCACUGCACCUCGUCCCGGCACCUCCAUCCGCACGGCGAUAGCUAAGCCUACGACCUCCGGUACCACCACCGCAACUAAUCGACCUCGCACCGGAACUGGUCGCCCAAUUACCGGCAUUUCUCGUCCUGGAACACUCUCUCUUCAGCGGCCCGCUUCGACGCUUGGCAACAAAACGGCGCUCAGGACAGGAUCUCGAACUGCAGCCGGAACUACUGCCGGCGGCUCUGCACGAAAUAUUCGCCUUGGCUCAGCUUCAAUGUUUGCCGUUGGUGAUCCAACAGGUCCACUGUUUCACAUCUCCCGCUUACAUCCGGACAAGUACGCCGAGCGAGACUCAUUGUCGAAACCACUGUUUCAGUAUCUCUACUACCACGAAGGUGAUAUUCGCAAAGCGAUGGCACUGUGUGAUGCUGUACUGGCACGCCGCCGUACAGCCGAGCUACUGACUGACGCUAGUAGCGGUUGGUGGUGGAACACUCAGAAAGCACGCUGCCUAAUCGCCAUCGGAAGCCCGCGUGAGGCGGAACCAUAUCUACGGAUUGCUUUGCAGGAUUUACAUCAUCCGGAUGUGGUGUUGCUGCUGGCCAGGAUAUACGUCAAGAUCGAUCAACCAACGGCAGCGCUAGAGGUGUGCAAACAAGGCCUGGAGAAGCAACCGAACGAGAUCAGUCUGCUGACACAACAAGCACGCAUACUGGAGCUUGUGGGAAAUUUGACCACCUCCGUGCGAAGAUACAGACAAAUCUCAGCCUUAGAUCCAAUGAACACGGAAGCGCUGGCAUGCAUCGCCGUGAGCUACUUCUACGCCAACCAACCAGAAACGGCACUGUUGUACUACAGACGCAUCCUGUCGAUGGGAGCACAUAGUGCCGAGCUAUACUGUAACAUUGGGCUGUGUUGUCUGUACGGUGGACAGUUGGAUCUGGUGUUUCCAUGCUUUCAGAGAGCGUUACGGAUGGCAACAACAACCGAAUUGAGGGCAGACGUGUACUAUAACUUGAGUUUUGUUGCACUCACAACCGGUGACAUUCACCUAGCACGGCGCUGCCUACGUCUCUGCAUCGCUGCAAAUGGAUCCCACGCAUCCGCAUUGAACAACAUGGCCGUUCUUGUAGCCCGUCAGAAGCAAUACCAAAAGGCUAAAUCCUACCUUCAGGCGGCCCGUACCGCCCAUCCUGCAAGUGACGAGAUUGGACACAAUUUAAAAUUUAUCGAAAAUUUCCAAUAAACCGGAGUC